CGAAUCAAAAAAAACAACCCCAUCACCAACCCCGAGACAGAGUUUUGAGGGAAAUAAUAAGGCAGAGAGCAGCAGCCCCCAAUCCCAUCAUUCUAGAUUCGCAGAGCCCCGCAAACAGUCAAAAUUGGUGAGCCAGCGAGCGAUUCAAGAUUUGUGAGCAACGAAAAAAACAAUCAGGGCAGCCGAAUCGGAGAGAUCGGCGAAUCCAUAGAAUCAAUAUCGCGUUAGGCGGGGGGCAGAGGGGGGAAUGGGGAUCCAGCUGGAGACUCUGGUGGAGUCGAUUAAGUCGAAGGUGAAGGGAGCACUACUGCGGAAGUCGAAGAAGAAGAAGCCGUACGUUAAGAUGGACAAGAGCGCCAGCGUCAGGGUCGAGAUUCGCAGCCGUAAGGCCAGGCAGCUCAUCGACAAGACCCUCAAGGUCGCCGAUCGCCCCGGCAAGCGCACCCUCUCUUGAUUUUCAUGGUCGGACUACUACUCCGACCCUCCGCCGGGCGGGCGAUUCCCAUUUCUCCUCCUCCUUUGCUCCUGUAUAGGUGAACUGAUUUCAGGAUUUUCUGCAACCUUCUCUCUCUCGCUUUCAUAAACUCUCUUCUUCUGCGCUUGCCUUUUUUUCUAUUUCCGCCGACAAUUCUGCCCUUCUUCAGAGGAAGACGGUGAUAGAAACGUUUCGAAGCAAACGGGCAAUGAGAUAGUAUCUUGUUUAGAUUUGCCUUUCCUUCUAAAAUCAUCAAAAUCGUAAAUCUGGAUGGUACCGAGUCUCUUUUUUGUUGUGUCGGUUCCUUUUUGUCAUUAUUAUUCAUAAUUUAUUUUUGCUAAAAAAUGGAAGUAAAUUGAAGCAAAAUUCAGGGUGCUUAUUUUUCUGAUAAUGUGAAUUAUGAUAUAUAUUAUUCUUAAUUUAUUUUUGCUCAAAACUGGAAGUAAAUUAAAGCAAAAUUCAGGUUAAUUAUGAUAUAUAUAUAUACUACGAGAGUGAUGGCCGCCCUCUUUGACAAAAAAAAAAAAAGAUGGCCGGCGACGGGCUGAGAUUGGUGUUGAGUUCUUUUUCACAAGCAGGGUUUAUUUUUUUAAAGUCUUGAGAUUGCAGGUUGUUGCAGCCAGAAUAGUGAAGAAAAUUAUCAUUAGGUUAGAUGUCAACGGCCGUAGAUCCGUUCAAUAACCCAAUUUUCAUAACAAUUGAUAAACUUAUUAAUAAUUUACAGUAAACAAAUACUUUUCUCACUAUAUCUCUUUGGAUUCAUGUUGUAAUUCAAUUUUUUUCUUAGAAAAAUCUUGUUCCUAAAAAUGAAAUCAAUUUUAAUAUAUUUUAGAACAAAAAAUUGAGACAUAUAAAUAUAAUACUAGUCUAUACCUUAGUAAUAAUACUUGGUAUUACAUAGGAUUAUACCAUGAUGAUAUGAAAGUGUACUAUGAUAGUGUUGCAUACUAUUAAACACUUAGAAUUGGGAGAAAGGUACCACUAAACAUAGUUAGUAAAUUAUGGUACGGGAAAGUUACGUAAAAAAAUACGUACGGGUAUUAUACUUGGUCUUUAAGCUAAAGUUACGUUUAAUAGUACGUUAAUAGUCAUAAAUAUAUAAAAUUAAUCAUUUUAAAAAUAAAUAAAUAUAUAAAUAAUACUAAAGUUAACAAUUUAAUUCGUAAAAUACGGAUAAUAAACGUGUCAUACGGGGUUUAUACGUGUUUAGUACAGGCGUCAUCAAAUGAACGGGGGAAAUGAAACGGCUUGACAAUAAUACGGAUACAGAAGUUUUAAACGAAUAAAAUACGUACGGGUAUAUGGUACAUAUACGUGUAUUAAACUGAGUAUUUACUAACUAUGCCACUAAAGUCAAUUUAAAAUAUUACAAUGCCAGACAGUCAAUUAAAUAUGGAUCAUUCCAUUCCGUCUAUUCCACUUAUGGAGUUAAAUAAAGCCAACUAAGUAUUGACCACAUGCCACAAAGGCCGCUGAAUCACACUUGUUUUCGCCAUCAUCCACGAAAUUCUCUCAUCCAUUCGGACAAAAAAAAAAAAAACUCAAACCCCUAUCGACAUUUGAACCCUUCGAACUACAAUUUUUCCGGGGGAGAUGAAAAGGUCGAUUUGUGGGAAAGGAUUCGCACCAAGCGCCCUCGUUGUGUUUUGUGCUCCGUGAAUAAGGCUUGACGGAUUUGCGAGGAAGACGAAGAUGGCCGGCUGGGGGUGCAACUGAUUGACGAUCGAGGAACCGAUGGUAUAGGAGACAGAUUUAGGUAACUAGUUCGUAGAGCAAGAGCGAGAGCAGAUGUGAUAGUGCAAGAACGUCUAUUUCUCAAAGAACUUAUAAUAAGAGCAUGAUAAGAUA